AUAAUUAAGGAGGAGACGUUUUAACCCCUUUCCUGCCAACCAAGCUCUUCAAGCUCCACCCCAUCUGUGCUCUCUGGAAAGCAGUCCUUCCCUUCUAGGAAUCCAUCCAGGCUACAUUCACCACAAUAUGCGUUCUAAAAUGGCAGCGACUUGCUUGGCUGCAGCUACUUCGACUCUCAAGAAGGUUGGGGGUUUGGAGUUGAAAGCGCCCUCCGGCUUGAGGGAUUCUUUGGGGAUUGUGACAACACAGCAGAAUUGUAUUCCCAAACUGUUACACAACCGUCAGUCUACAUCGGAUUCGGGGAUUUUUAUCAAGAGAGGAACCAUUGACAAAGCUGUUCUGAAUUCUCUACUUGGUGCUGCAGUUGGCCUGGGGACGGCAGCGGUGGCUGUUCCGGCCGCAGUUGGCAUUCUGGGUUUCAGUAGCGCAGGAAUUGUGGUUGGCUCGAUUGGCGCCAAGAUGAUGUCUGCUGCUGCCAUUGCAAACGGAGGUGGAGUGGCUGCUGGGGGUUUGGUUGCCACCCUGCAGUCCAUUGGGGCUGCAGGGAUGCCGACUGCUGUGACAGCAGCAACAACCGCCACAGGAGCAGCGCUGGGAGCCUUAAAGAACAUUUGGGGUUGAGGGGCCAGAAAACAUCCCCCCUCCUCUUCUCCAUAGUAUUAGCUGACUGCUUGAAGAGGAAACGGUUAGAUCUUCAUAGAGUCCUCGAAUGAGUAUAGUUUAGCCUGCUUUCUUAUGAACUUGUUCCACUGUUUUUCUUGUUCUAAAAAUUCCUUAUAUAAUUUUUUUGUGCCUCAGUUUAUAUUAAAUGUAACGGCAUGUC